GUGCCUCCACCUUAAAAGCUCGCCCUUUCCCCUUCACUGCAUGUGAAAGCUAGCCCAUUCAUAUUCAACCGCGUCUCUUCUUUCCCAUCUUUUUCUCUUCAUUAUCCUUUGAUUCUCCCAACUCUUGCUUGGUUUCUUUUCUUUUUUUUUCUCUGCUUAUCUCUCUGUUCCAAAUGAUGCCCCCCGAGCAUGAAACAACCAACAUCACCGGCAGCCCCGCCGGCGUUCUUCAUGCGGCCGCGCCACCAAGUUCGGUGGCUAACGUGAGCCCUUGUAUCGAGGACGCCGUUUCAGACGUCCAACAACAGUCAUCUCCUGCUAGAUUUUCUAUUCUACGUCAAACUUUACCCCCCGUUACACUGAUGUUUGAAGAUGUGGCAUACAGUGUGAAGUUGGAAACCACAAAAGGUAGUUGCUUUUCGUCAGCCGAGCCAAAGCAAACAAGAUUUGUUCUCAAUGGGGUCAGCGGCAUCGUCCGGCCGGGCGAGCUACUAGCAAUGCUCGGCCCCUCCGGCAGCGGCAAAACCACCCUGCUGACGGCCCUUGCUGGGAGGCUCGCCGGAAAAUUCUCCGGCACGAUAACCUACAAUGGGCAGCCCUUCUCCAGCUCAAUCAAACGAAAGACCGGCUUCGUUUCACAAGACGACGUUCUCUACCCCCACCUCACCGUGCUGGAAACCCUAACUUACGCAGCCUUGCUGAGGCUGCCAAACAAGCUCAGUAGAGAAGAGAAGAUGGAGCAAGCGGAGCUGAUUAUCAUGGAGCUGGGGCUGACAAGGUGCCGAAACAGCGUGGUUGGCGGCCCGCUCUUCCGGGGAGUCUCCGGGGGGGAGAGGAAGAGGGUGAGUAUGGGGCAGGAGAUGGUGGUGAAUCCGAGCUUGCUGCUGCUGGAUGAGCCAACUUCCGGGCUGGACUCGACAACGGCGCAGCGGAUAGUGGCGACGCUAAGGGGGCUGGCGAGGGGAGGAAGAACGGUGGUUACAACCAUUCAUCAGCCGUCCAGCAGGCUGUAUGCCAUGUUUGAUAAGGUGGUGGUUUUAUCAGAAGGGUACCCAAUUUACAGUGGAGGUGCCGGGAAGGUGAUGGAGUAUUUUGGGUCACUGGGCUAUGUUCCUGGAAUUAAUUUCGUUAAUCCUGCCGAUUUUCUGCUGGAUCUUGCCAAUGGCGUGGCUCCCGACAUAAUAAAACAGGAAGAUCAACCAGAGUCUCACGGAAACGGAAGAUCAUUGGACCACCUGCUGCCUGAGGAUCAAAACUCAAUUAAGCAGUCCUUAGUAUCCUCCUACAAGAAGAACCUACACCCUUCCGUGAAGCAUGAGAUUCGUCGGAGCUGCAGCCCCCUUCUUCCAUCAGCAGCACAAACUUCCCAAUCCAAAAGCAGCAGAAGCAGUGAGAAUCAAUGGAGCACCAGCUGGUGGAUGCAGUUCAAGGUGUUGCUGAGACGGGGGCUGAAAGAACGAAAGCACGAAUCCUACUCGGGUUUAAGAAUUUUCCAGGUCUUGACUGUUGCAGUUCUUUCAGGAUUACUAUGGUGGCAUUCUAAUACAUUACACAUCCAAGAUCAGGUGGGACUUCUCUUCUUCUUCUCAAUCUUCUGGGGCUUCUUUCCUCUGUUCAAUGCCAUAUUCGCGUUCCCACAAGAACGACCAAUGCUGAUAAAAGAGCGUUCUUCAGGGAUGUAUCGUCUCUCCUCCUACUACUUUGCCCGGAUGGCAGGCGACUUGCCAAUGGAGCUCGUCCUCCCAACCAUCUUCGUCACCAUCACCUACUGGAUGGGAGGUCUCAAGCCUUCCCUCGUUACAUUCCUUCUAACCCUAUCAAUCAUCCUAUUCAACGUGCUCGUCUCCCAGGGGCUGGGACUAGCCCUCGGAGCCAUCUUAAUGGACGUGAAGCAAGCUACGACCCUAGCAUCCGUGACCAUGCUCGUGUUCCUGCUAGUCGGGGGAUACUACAUACAGCACAUCCCCCUUUUCAUCUCUUGGCUUAAGUACAUCUCACUCAGCCACUACUGCUACAAACUUCUAGUGGGAGUUCAGUACGGUGAAAAUGAGGUUUAUGAAUGCGAGUUUGGGGAGCAUUGCCGGGUGUUCGAUUUUCCGGCAAUUGAUAAUCUGGGUAUUGAUAACUUGGGCUGGGAUGUGGCUGCUUUGGCUGCAAUGUUGGUGGGAUAUAGGCUUUUGGCGUAUGUAGCAUUGAGGAUGGGGCAGCCUCGUUGACAGUCAAGAGUCUCCGAGAACAGAGAUAGAAAUUGAGUGGGUGGACCUGAUGGAGAGGCAAAUUGCCGGAUUGAAGAGCCAAGUGGUGUAAAACAGAAGAUUCACAUUGAUUGUAACACAUUGUAGCCAGUUAACUACUUUCAAGUUGUAUGUUUUUUAGCGGAUUGUUUGUGACAAAUCUUCCCAAGUUUUCACA